AUGAUUAUCCGGCUGGCGAUGCCAGAAAUCGAGAAUCGCGCUCUGUUCAUGGAAAACACAUCACGGGAACAGAAUUAUAUAACCGGCAUAUUUGGUGUCUAUAAACUGAACACAGAUCUUCUCCCGAACGAGUCUUCCCAGAGAUUCAUUUCCACCAAUCCUCCGUCGGUCAAAUCCAAGGAAGUGUUACAAAGUGGCCCCAUGAAUUCCGCAACAGAAUUCCCUUUUUCAGGCGACGCAAAGUGA